CACAGUGGCGCUGCAAUGAAGUUGUUACCAUUCCUGAUAAUUGUGGCACUCACCGUUUUAUCUGGAUGUGACUGUGAGAAGCGGUUCCUGCUGGACACUCUGAGCCACGCCGUGGACAGUCUCGGACAUGUCAUCACGGACACUGCACACAGCAUCGUCAACACCCUCGGGCAUGCCACAGGAACGUUGCUAGGAGCUGCUGGGGGUCUUGUUGAAGGCAUAGUGACGGCUGGCGCCAACCUCCUUCUGCAUAAAGUGGACAUUGUCACCAAGGGAGCUGUUGACGUGCUGAACGGUGGCCUUGACCUAGCCUCUGGAGUUGUGCAUGGCGUCACCGACAUUAUCGAUGGCAUCUUAGGGCAUUGUUUCUUCUUCUGUCAUAACAGACAACAUGGUGACCAUGGUCGCGCAGUUCACCCAGUUAUCACGUGUCCACCCAGCAUAAGUGCGACCGCUGAACCAAGGUCAAAGUCCAAGGUCGUCACGAUUGCUUCUCCAAAGUACAGUGACCCUAAUGGGUUCCCUGUCACACUAUCGGUACACAACCUGCCCGACAGCAACGUCUUCACAGAAGGCAGCACCGCCGUCCGCUACACCGUCACCAACUCCCACGGCCUAGCCAGCAGCUGCCUUGUGUCCGUCACCGUCACGGUGAAGCGGUGCCGCAGACCGAACUAUAUUCAAAAUGGCCGCCUGACUUGUACAUCGGCAACGGGUUACCAGCUGUUGGGGGAUUCCUGCGACGUCUCAUGUAGCAGUGGCUAUCAGAGGAAGGGUGCUGGCACCGUCACCUGCACCGAUGCUGAUACUCUCAGUGCUGCCUUGCCCGUGUGUGAAGCCUUACGGUGCGGGGCUCCCCCUACACCCCCCACCGGGCACUACACCUGCCCCCUUGGGGGUACCUACGGAUCAACGUGCUACCUGACCUGUCCCCCGGGGUCGUCACCUGCACACAACAACUUCUACAUCACCUGUCAACCGCCAGGAACAUGGACACCGGCAGGGCAGUGUGAAGUUGUCUCCCCUCCCUCCUUCCUCCACACUAACUGCUCCGUCGGCGUCACCUAUACCCCCGUUACUGGAACAGCCAAUGCCAAGGUCACAUGGAGUAACGUUCUCGUCGACCCCACGAAGGGUGUAGGCAAGGUUAGGGUCACCCAGACAGUCGGGCCUCAACCAGGCUCCGUUGUAGGUCCAGGCAGACAGACAGUCGUGUACGAGGCCCAGGACCAGACUGGAAGCAAGGCCACAUGCUACUUUACUGUAGAUGCAUCGAGAGCUGUGAAGACAUGCACGCCACCUUCCUACAGCUUCACCGACGGCAACUUGAACUUCACAUGUCCACACAGCUUCUACGUGGGCAGCUCGUGCACAGUGCGGUGCACGCUGGGAUACCCCCUGGUGGGCGCUGACCACAUCACGUGUACCGACAGCCCUCAAGCCACACUGGGCGUGGCCUGGGCGUGGACAUCGCUGUCUAGCGUACCAUCAUGUCAGAAGAGGAGCUGCCCGGCCCUGGUGCCGCCAGAAAAUGGGGCGUUGUCAUGCGACAAGUGGGUGUCGGGCAAUAUGUGCCAGAUGCAGUGCCAAGAUGGCUACCUGAUCCCGCGAUCAGCGCCCCCUAACGGCAUGUACGCCUGUGGUGGUAAGAGCGGCACGUGGAAGCCGAACCCUUACAUCAUGCCGUGUGUUGCCAGUACCCUGCCACUGUCUUUCCGUGCCCCGGGAAACGUGUACUACUCGGGGGCGUGUCCGGCUAGUGCCUCGGCUCGGGGUCAGAUCAGGGACAACUUCAUCAAGUCUCUCACCAGCAGUAUCUUCAUGUCCGUGUGCGCUGACAGGACGCAGUGCAAUACACAGAACGUGGACGUCAUAUGCGGCAUGGUGACCGGCAAACGCACGACGUCCUCCCAAGUGCAGUUAAAGUUUGACAUCGUUGUUCCGUACAGCGCUGCUAAUGGCGGGGGACCACUGGCUGUAAUGGCUGGCCAGAACCUACUGAACAAGGUCGCAGCGGGAAUCACAACUGGUGUCAUGUCUGGGUCUCUGAAUUUCCUGACAUUUGGGCUGUCUGCAUCAAGUGCUGUGCUCCAUGUUGAUGCUAUGGCAAUGGACUGUCCGCAGGGCACGGGGCCGGACUAUGCUAGUGGAGCUUGUGCUGGAUGUCCAAGAGGCCAGUAUUACAACCAGACCAAAGACUCGUGUGAUCCUGUUCCGAAAGGGUCUUACCAGCCAUCGGAUAACUCCGUCACUUAUGUGCCGUGUCCUAAUGGGAUGUCCACGGAAACUGCCGGAGCUGGAAGCCUCGCCGAGUGUCACGAGGUGUGCCCGCCUGGCCAGUACUCCGCUACAGGACUAGCGCCAUGUUCGCUGUGUGGAGAAGGCACCUUCUCUAUUACCCCCGGGGAAGUCAACUGUAGUACGUGCUCCCCUGGGUACACCACCCGGGACUCGGGGGCAACCAGCCCGGGUAGCUGCAUUGAGGCCACAUACCUCCACGACGAGUGCCUGAGCAGCCCUUGCGGUGCCAACGCCUGUGAGAUGCUGGCUGAUGGCUUCCGGUGCCGGUGCUCAGGGGGAUACAGCGGGGAGCAGUGCCAGACUCCCCCCGACCACUGUGUCAGUCAGCCAUGUGCCAACAGAGGCACCUGUGUCACAUCCCCUGGGGGGUUCGUCUGUCAGUGCGUGGCUGGGUACACGGGCGAUCGAUGCCAGGAACAGAUAGUGAACGGUGGCUGGAGCGGAUGGUCACUCUGGUCAGACUGUUCGGCCACCUGUGGUCAGACUGGCCUCAGAUCGAGGUCACGUCACUGCGACAGUCCAGCCCCACAACAUGGCGGACUCGACUGCAAAGGGGAGACAACUCAGGCAGAACCCUGCAAUCGGCUACAAUGUCCAGCCUGUAUAACCUUCCCGAAGCCGCCGAACUCCGUGUUUGAAUGUAACCAGACAGGCUCCACCCAAAGCUGUAAGCUGAGAUGUAAUCCAGGAUAUAGCUUCACAAAUGAACCACUGCCGUCGUACAACUGUGGACCAGGGACAGAUUACACGUGGGACUAUGAGACCAGAGCUGCCGCGUUUCUGCCAUCUUGCAAUAUGAUGGAGGCACCCCGAGGCAUGAGUAUCAAAAACACUAUGUCCUACACCGGGCUAAAAUGUUCCUUGAUUGGCUCGGAGGCAAAGUACAAGCAAGAACUGACCAAUGAAAUCGAGCAACACUCCAGCAAGUUGGCAUGUAAAGAUGGUGGCUUCUGUUCCUCCAAGACUGAGGUUAAGUGCUCUGUGCCUGACCGGGAUGUCGUCGUGGAUCUCACACUCACGGUUUCUGGCAUCACAGAUGCGGGGAGUCUCAACAUGCAUGAGUACUUUACAGACAAGAAAGUGUCCCCGGAGUUAGCCACGUACCUGCAGACUGUGCUGUCCAUGGAGUUGACGGGGUCGCAGUUUGAGAACUACACGACGUCCCUGCUGUCCGUCACCGUCAACAACCACCACUACACCGCCACCUCCGAGGGUAUUGUCUCCGCUGUCCAAUGUGACGUUGGCGCUGUUUACAUAGGAUCUGUUUGUGUGAAGUGCGGUACUGGUACCCGCCAAGUACAGGACGUCUGCCACCUGUGUGACACCGGGACAUACCAACCACGCGAAGGUCAGAGCCACUGCAUCACAUGUCCACAGGGGCAGAUAACUCUGCAGACAGGAUCCACAAGGUCACAGGAUUGCAUCACUCCCAAUGUCGUCACACUUCCGCCACUACAGAUUGUGACUUAAGUGAUUCAGAUCGGGAGAUAAGGCGCCAAAGAAGUGUCUGAAAUACUCUGAUGGCGUGGUUAAUAAAAUAUCUGUCGUUGCAGUCUUUAAUACCUCAAA